CUUGCUGAAAACCAGGAAGUGCUUGAAUUCAGGAGAAAUGAAACUUAUUUCUCCACUAGAAGUGAUUCAGUCUCUGUAACAGAUCCACACCGCUGUUCUUUAGGAUAAACUGUAAAUCAUAUUUGAGCUCUGUCGAGCCCUUAUAACAGGACAGAGACUGAGAAUCUGUUCAUCUUUGAACACUGCAAAGAAAUGGCCGAGUCUGCAGUGAGUCAGUAUGUGGAUCAGUUCAGCUGUCCAGUCUGUUUGGAUCCUCUGAAGGAGCCGGUGACGAUUCCCUGUGGACACAGUUACUGUAUGAGCUGUAUUACUGACUGCUGGGGCCAGAAGGAGCAGGGGCCGCCGUACCGCUGUCCCCAAUGCAGAGAGAGCUUCAGUCAGAGACCUCUACUGAAGAAGAACACUCUGAUAGCUGAGAUGAUCGAGACGCUGCAGAAGACGUCCCUACAAACGGCUGCUGUGGAGUGUGAUGUUUGCACUACAGAGAAGAACAGAGCUGUAAAGUCCUGUCUGCAGUGCUUGGCCUCCUUCUGUCAAACUCACCUGCAGCCUCACUAUGAAUCUCCUGCGUUUAUGAAGCACAAACUAGUCGAAGCUUCCAGAAACAUUCAGGAGAACAUCUGCCUCAGUCAUGGGAAACCUCUGGAGAUUUACUGUCAGGAUGAUCAUCAGUGCAUUUGUUAUUUGUGUAUGAUUGACAAUCAUAAUGGCCACCGUUUGGUUUCUGUGGAUUCUGAAUGGACUAAUAAGAAGAAAGAGUUAAAGAAGAUAAAGGUGGCGUGUCAGAAGCUGAUGCAGGAGCGAGAGAGAGGUCAGCGGGAACUCAGAGAAGCUGUGAAGUCUUUUAAAAGUUCAGCUCUAGAGACCAUGGAGGACGUUGAGAAGGUCUUCACUGAGCUCAUCUGCUCUCUUGAGAAGAAACGCUCUGAGAUUAAAGAGCAGAUCAGAGCUCAGGAGAAGACUGAGAUAGAUCGAGCAGAGGAACUUCACAGACAUCUGGAUCAAGAGCUGACAGAACUCAGAAAAAGACAAGCAGAGAUUGAGAAACUUCUGAUUACUGAAGAUCAGAUCCAGUGUCUGAAGAGCUGUCAGUCUGUGUGUGUUUUACCUUCAUUUGAAGACGUUCCCAGCUUCACUCAACACACUCAUCUGUCUUUUAAAGACAUUUCAAUCUCAGCGUUUAAGGAGGUUUUGGAGGACGUCUAUCAACAGCAAACAGCCAGAAUAUCACAAGAAGUGUUAAAUGUCUCUGUUGUAAAGCCUCCAGAACCAAAGACCCAAAAUUAUUUUUUGCAGUAUUUCUGUGAACUUCACCUGGAUCUAAACACAGCACACAAAAACCUUAAACUGUCAGAAGAGAACAGGAAAAUAUACGCUUCAGAUAAAACUCAGCCGUAUCCUGAUCACCCAGAGCGAUUUGAUGUGUUUUAUUACAUCUUGUCUAGACAGGGUUUGACUGAUCGCUGUUACUGGGAGGUCGAGUGCAGUGGGAACAUUUGGGCUGUAGGAGUUUGUUACAAAGGAAUUGGACGUAAAGGAAGAAGUGAUGAAUCCAAACUUGGCUUCAACAAAAAAUCAUGGAGAUUGUCCUGCUCUCAGCAGAAUUUUAGUUUCAUACAUGAUAAAGCCGAAGUCUCAAUCCCUGCUGUCUGCUCCUCUAGAAUCGGAGUGUAUCUGGAUCACAGAGCAGGAACUCUGUCCUUCUACAGCGUCUCUGACACAAUGACUCUCCUUCACAGAGUCCAGACCACUUUCACUGAACCCUUAUACCCUGCUUUUUAUAUUGGUUCAUCUGUCAAGAUCAUAGAGCAGAAGAUAAUUCAGACAGAGCAGAAAUAAAUAUAAUUGCUCAAGUUUCAGAUUCAGCUGCUAAACUUCUGAAACAUGUUGGCCAAUAUAUUUAAUUAUAAUUGUGUAUUCUAUAAUUUUGGCUAAUGGAUAAUAAUCCAUGUCUGAAUCCAUUGUGCAGUUCAUCGUCAAGUCAGCUUUAUGUAUAUGGUGCUUUAUUAUACAAUCCAGAUUGUUUCAAAGCAGCUUCACAGUAAUAAACAGGAAAAUACCAAUUCAGUGAUGCAAACAGUGUUCAAUUCUGCUGUAAAGCAGCUCUAAAAAGACAACAGUAAACAGUCAUUAUUCAGUUGAAAUCAGUUCAGUGUUGAUUCAUUUCGGUUUAAUAAGCCACACGGUUUCAGGGUUAGUUUGGAAAAUAAUUGGCCGUGAAACAAACUGUUUACAGCACGGUGCUGAUAAAAUGUUUUAUAUUGUACGUCACAUGUAACGUGUUAUAUGACGUAUUAAAUGCAGCCACUAUUUU